GGCGGGUAACAGCCCGGAAGUGACUGCAUGCUGUCUGCUGUGAAAUGCCUGUCGCUGGUUAUGUAUGAUACGAGCCAACACGCGUCAACGCGCCGCAGACGUUUGUGUCCCGACACGCCACACCAGCUCGCAGCCGUUUAUCCCCUCGGCAAGUCGAGCACGCAGGGCGCUGUGACACUGAAUGCUCAACUGUUGAUGGGGUAAGCAUGGCGCUAGAAGCAUGGCGAGACAUCGUUGGCCGAAGCUCGGGGGUAAGUCAGCCCGGAGUGUCAAGUUCUGACGACAUCCGAUCAGCGAAACUCGGGAGCAACAUAUGAAAGCAAGCCUCCCGUGGACAAGGCCCCCCAACUCCCCUGUCCCGAACACAACUGCAGGGGAGACCGAAGGGGGUGCUGUCGGGGUCGCCUUGCGGUUUCGUCGUCACGACGACCGGGUCACCGCCACAAGCAGGCGGGGUCCAACCUGGAGAGGCUGCUUCACUCCUCGCCUGAGUUAAUCUGAGCGUGUCUGUUGCUGGGAGGAGGCUGUCCCUAUUCGAUGUCAUUCGCUGUCAUGGAGGUUCUGAAAGAUUUUCCAGACCAGGAAUGCCGAAUAAUCUUGCUGGGCAAGAGCGGAGCAGGCAAAAGCAAGUCAGCGAACAGCAUCCUCUCGACAGACCUAUUCGAUGUGAGCUCGGAGCACGACUCGCGCCCAAGGAUCAAAUGUGCGCGGAGUUCCUUGUCUGUGUAUGAGAAAUCCCUGUUGGUGGUCGACACACCUGGCUUUGCAGAGUCGCAGGAUGGACGCCAGUCCGUCGUGCAGGUGAUCAAAGACGCCAUCGUUGCCACAUGUCCAGGCCCGCACGCCGUUGUCCUGGUGACCCGCUGUGACGUCACGAUAACGAGCGCGGAGACUGAUAUCGUCUCACAGCUGCGUAGUGUCCUGGGCGAGGAGCUGCGGCGCCACCUGGUGCUGCUGCUCACCCACGGCGACAUGGAGCAGCGCGAUGUUCGCCAGCUGCUGGACGCAUCUCCGGCACACGUGAAGGAGCUACUGAAGGACAUCAACGAGCGGUACGUUGUUUUCAAUAACGAAGGCAGCCGGGAGGAACAGGAGAGACAAGUGCAGCAGCUACUGAGGCUGGUUCAUCAGAUGGUUCUGGAAAGUCCGCGCCAGGUCUUCAGUUGCCCCUUGUUACGUGAAUGUGAGAAGGACAUCACUUAUAUGAGGAACAGGCUCAGGAUGCUAGAACCUCGAAUCGAAACGUGCCGUGACGACGUGAGGCGGCUGUCGCAGGACGAGGGUGUGGCCCCUGAGAAGCUGGGGCACGUGCUGGCCCUCACGGCGCAGGCCAUCGAGGACCUGAAGGAACUGGCGGCCGUGGACGAGAAGCUGACCGCGAGGGUUGGACGAGAGAACCUGACUUCCUGCUCCGUCUCCUGACUCCAGCCCUGCUGACACGGGCGCAGAAUAUGGGGGGACCUGCUGACAGUUACAGGAAACUGCUGUUAUAAAUGGUCAGAAUAAAUGGGGUGUUCGUGGUGCUAUCUGUUCACGGCACAAAAUAAACUUAUUUUAGUUUCUGCGCCCUAUGUACUAUGUUGAAGAUGUGACAAUGUUCAGCUAAUUGUUAUAGAUACUUCAUGCAAAAAUAUUCCAAACUUAGUUAAGAGUGCCCUUGACAAACAAUCGCCACCUUCAUUGACACAUCGAACGUUAUAACCACCGGCCAGACUUGAACUGAGCCAUAAACACGAAUUUUUGAAAAGACAUAAAGUGUAAUGCUGUCAUUGUGAUUUAAACAGGACCAAAGGGGCCAACAAUGUUUUAAUGCGAGCCUGUUCGGAAAAAAUAAAAACUAAACUGCUUAUGAAUGGGAGAAUCGACAGCUGUGCCUUUGGAGAGCUUGAUGUUAAUGAGCAGAUCUUCUGCUGCCGUGUGAGAAGACAGAAAAUUUCCACAGGUUGGUGUAAGGUCUGCUGGAAUUAUCUUUCUUGGAAUCGUGUGUGAUUUUAUUGUGACCAGAAGCCCUCAGAGCUUCUUAGUGUGCUCUCAUUGCCAAAAGCAGUGAAAUUAAUAAUGCUUCUCCGAUGUAGUCCGGCAGUAUUACUCGCCUUGGAAUUCCCAGUGUAAAUUAUUCUACUACUACAUGGCGCCUGAGGACCGAUGCAGUGUGACAAGGGACGUAAGCACCAUUUCCAAUGACAGUGGCAUGUGGGGAGGUCAGCCUCGAGAGGUUUCGUGCGAAGGUGUUUUGUUAGCACCUGUAGGAUGCGACAGAUGUGAGCACAAAGCGUGAAUGCUUCAAUGUGUCCUUGUUAAAAAUCUGUAACAUAAUGAGGCAAUUUGUGAGAGAUGAAAUAGAGACAUGACUACUUUCCCCUUUCUUUAUGAACGGUUGUAUUCCAGUUUCUUAAUUGCGUGGUUGCUGGAUAAUUUACGAGAAACAGAGAUUUAUGUGAAAGGAGGCAGCGACCAAAUGUUGAAUGAGUGUCAUUUGCCAGACAAACGAACUGUUGGUACGAAGAAAAAUCUCGAAGUAUUGUGUUCUGACUUCAAGCCGCUCAAAGUCUUCAUUUACUAACCUGUUUGAUUAAUAAUAUUUAAUGUUCUUUUCCUCUUCUACCAAUCAAACGCCACAACACAAACACACUUACACACUCACAAUCACACACAUAUAAUAUGCACACGCACAAACACACACACACACACAUAUGUGCGGGCGUACACACACACAUUUUCACUCGCUCUUGCAGGUCGUUUCUCUACUUUCCGACCUUACAAAGGAUAUUGAGAGAUGUCAAUCAUUUGCUGCCUCUGCAGUUUUAAAAAAUAAAAUUCUGACUAACAAAUCAUUUAUUGAUAGUCGCUAUCGAAAGACAGGUAAACUAUAUCGCAGAGUAAAUUUCGUCGUUUAACGAUAUGCACGUUGUCGUCUCACAGUCAGUUUCUUCAUCUCAUUAGUUUUGUGUCCGUUUGCACUGUAGAAGGAAUGUUUUUUUCAUAAAACUUUUGCAGCAGCGAGGGAAGCGGUGUGUAUGUGUGUGUUCAAGUCAUUUUCAUUUGUAAGACUUUCGUGUCCAUUAAAUGCAUAUCUCGU